UUACCUACCUUGUGGUACGGCCAAUCACCCGUUUCAAUCCAGCGGCAGAGGACCACGCCUACUCUGAUUUUGAUCACGUGGUGUACAUGGGCCAUCGAGGCACUGGCGUGGGCAAGCGAUUUGAUUUACAUCAGGAGUUUAUUGAAAAUACCAUUGCCGCUUUUAAUUAUGCCUGCUCAAAGGGAGGUGAUGCCAUUGAGCUAGAUGUGCAGCUCUCUAAGGAUGAGGUGCCCAUCAUCUACCAUGACUUCUUUGCCAAGGUUUUCCUUCACGACCGCCUGAACGCCCACCACAACGUCAGCUUCCACGUGCCCAUCAAGGACAUUCCCUUUCGGGACUUUAAGCGGAUCAGCACCAACUUUAUGCCGCACGUCCGCGCGGACAUUGAGACCGAGGACAACCAGUCCUUUGAGACGCUGGAAAAUGUGCUGAAGAAGGUGAAGCCCGGUUGCGGCAUCAACGUGGAGAUCAAGUACCCGCAGCUGAAGUUGAACCACCUGUCGGAGGGGGCGACCGGUGCCGAGCUGAACGACUACACUGACCGCAUUCUGGAGGUGCUCUACCGGGAUGCGGGCAGCCGACCCAUCGUCAUCACCACCUUCCACGCCGACCUGGCGGUGAUGGUGCAGCUGAAGCAGAACCGAUUUCGG